UUUUCCCAGCUCCAUUAUCAGUUGAUAUUAGAGAGCCAUCUAUCCAUUCCAUCAGAUAAUAAUAGCAUUGAGGCCGGAAUUCUUAUGAGAUCAAAUCCUAGACUUGAUCAAAUGAGCAUGGUGAAGCCCGAACUCCGCCUCCUGACCUGUCUCCUCCUCUUCCUUCUCUGCCGGUUAUCGCGGGCCGACAUCGGGACCGCGAGCCGUUAUUCCCCUCCCUACACCCCCACGGCGUGUUACGGCAACGACUACACCGAGUUUCCGACGAGCAACCUCUUCGCGGCGGCCGGGGAGGGGAUAUGGGACAAUGGGGCCGCGUGCGGCCGCCAGUAUCUCGUGCGCUGCAUCAGCGCGCCCGUGCGGAGUUCGUGCGUCCCGGGCCAGACCAUCCAGGUCAAGAUCGUGGACCGGGCACAGACCUCCGCCUCUCGCCCCUCGCGAUAUGGCUCCAGCCUUGUCUUGUCCGAUACCGCCUUCUCUGCCAUUGCCAAUCCCGCGGUCCAUUACUUGAACGUCGAAUACCAACAGCUUUGAACUUGUCUGAUGCAGAGGAAGUUGACGUCACAUUUUUAAUACUACUAUGAUUUAUUUAUGUAGAAAACUAAAGUUGAUUAGUGUUUAAGUUCUUUUCUCGAUCGUCCUUAUCUUUCUUUAAAAUUGUUAAUUUUCCAAAUUGCUUUAAAUUAUCUUAGUGUGGA